AUGGUAGCUUCAGUGAGGGUUGUGCCCAAUGCCUCUGUGCGAGCUGUGAGUUUGCUGCGGAGCAUCCAGUUCGGGCACCCGCCGUCCUGUCCCUGCCACUCAAACCCGGGCCACCAUCACCAUCAGCAGGGGUCUGCCGUGACACCGUACGCUCGCCGGUCACGACGGGGCUAUGCGACGCCGCAGCAGCCGCAGAAGGAAUAUGCGUUUGAGCUGGCGGCGUCGUCGAUCCGGUUUGGCAACGGAGUCACGGGCGAGAUCGGCAUGGACCUGCAGAACAUGGGGGUCAAGAAUGUGGCCGUCGUGACGGACGGGACGGUAGACAAGCUGCGGGCGAUGCAGCAGGUGCGCGAGGCCUUGGAUUCAGAGGGCAUCCGGUUCAGCGUGUUCAACCGGACGAGAAUUGAGCCAAAGGACGAAUCAAUCCUGGAGGCCAUUGCAUGGGCUAAGCCACUGGCCCCCGAUGCCUUUGUGGCCGUGGGUGGUGGCUCCGUCAUGGACACAGCUAAGCUGAUGAACCUGUACACGUGCUACCCGGAGGCGGACUUUCUCGACUUUGUCAACGCGCCGCUAGGCCGCGGCCUGCCGGUAGACCGCAAGCUGCGGCCUCUGAUCGCGGUGCCGACGACGGCGGGAACGGGCAGCGAGACGACAGGCACGGCCAUCUUCGACCUGGUCUCGCGACGGGCUAAGACUGGCGUGGCGCACCGCAACUUGAAGCCGACACUGGGCAUCUGCGAUCCGCUCAACACGGCGACAAUGCCGGCCGCAGUCAAGGCCAGCUCCGGCCUGGACGUGCUCUGCCACUCGCUCGAGUCCUGGACGGCUAUCCCGUACACCGAGCGCGUGCCACGGCCGGCCAACCCGCUUCUCCGACCGGCUUACCAGGGCGCCAACCCGAUCAGCGACAUCUUCUCGCUCAGUGCCCUCCGCAGCACCGUCCGCUACCUUCCCCGGACCGUUCACAACCCGGACGAUGACGAGGCUCAGUCGCAGAUGCUGCUAGCCGCCACUCUCGCCGGCGUCGGCUUCGGUAAUGCUGGCGUCCAUCUCUGCCACGGCAUGUCUUACCCGAUUUCGGGCCAGAACCCCGGCUACAAACAUGCCGGCUACGUCGUCGACACACCCAUCAUCCCCCACGGCGUCUCUGUCGCCGUCUCUGCCCCCGCUGUCUUUCGUUUCACCGCCGCCUCCAACCCUGACCGCCAUCUCCAGGCCGCUGAGGCCUUUGGGGCUGACAUUACCAAUGCCAAGCGCGAGAGCGCCGGCGAGAUCCUUGCCGAUGCCAUCACCAACUUUCUCGAUCUCCUCGGCGACCAACCCCGUGGCCUCAGGGACCUUGGCUUCGGCCACGAGCACAUCGACGGCCUCGUCGAGGGCACCAUCCCCCAGGCUCGCGUUCUCAUGCUGGCCCCUGGCCUCGCCAAGGAGCUACAGGAGGAAAAGGACCAGCUGCGCCAGCUGUUUGAAGAUGCCAUGACUCGUUAA